AUGAGCGACGACGACCCGCAGCAAGCCGACGCGCCCCAGGCAGCGUCGCCCGAAGACGACGGGCCGCCACCCAUGUUCAAGCUCUUCUCCGAGUCGCUCUCGCGCAUCGAUCGGACUACCGACAAUGCGGGCUUUGCCUUCACCGCCGUCGACAUCAACGACAAGGAGCUCACGAGCUUGGACCAGAUCAAGGACUUUCGACACCUCCGGUUCGUCAACGUCGCCCGCAACAAGCUCUCGGACGCGUCGCCCGUGACGGCGCUCGAGUACCUCGUCCAGCUCAACCUCGCCGAGAACAGCUUUAGCGCCCUUCCCAAGCUCAAGAACGCACACCUCAAGGCGCUGGAUAUGUCCAAGAACCAGCUCACGGCCCUCACCGGCGGCGAGAGCAAGAGCCUCGAGUCGCUCAAGGUCAACGGUAACGCGAUCACGUCGCUCACGGGGCUCGGCGAUUUCCCCGCGCUCCAAGCGCUUGAGAUCUCGCAGAACGCGAUCGCCGAGUUGGCGACACCGCCCGAGCUCGUGUCCCUCGAGUCGUUGAUCAUCAGCGAGAACCAACUGGCCAACUUGAACGGACUGGGCGCGUUCCCGAACCUCACCAGCUUCAAGGCCGAACUCAACAACAUGACGACGCUGACCGACCUCGCGGCGCUCGGCGCCUUGACCAAGCUCCAAGACAUUGACCUUACCGGCAACGCGGUGACCGAAGUCGAGCACUAUCGACUGGACUUGGUCUUGCUCUUGCCCAAACUGAGCAAGCUCGAUGGCAUCGCCAUCACGGACGACGAGCGUAUCGCCGCCAUCCAGCUCCACGCCGACCGCACGGCCGCGCCGCCGGCGGACGAGCCUUGA